AUGUCUUCUGAAAGUCAAGUGUCGUGGUUGAUCUCAGCACCAAACAGAUCGGUCGGUGAUGUCUUUGACAUUGUCAACACCAAGACUGCCAAGGAGGCCAACCUCUCUGUGAACAUCAAGUUCAAUAUUCCAGCACUCAGAGUAGGAACACUUAACUCUUUGAUCACACUCAAUGAUGAGUUGCAAAAGAUUGAUGCUUUUGUAGAGUUGACUUCAAAGAGAAUCAGCAAGCAGUUGUCGGAUCUCUCUGGUGCCAAGCCAACCAAGGAGAAGUCCAUCUCGAUCAAUGGUCACACCAUUCCACAGUACCUCAACCAGUUCAAGUGGGACGAUGCCAAGUACAACCCCAAGUCAUCGCUGCAAGAGAUCGUCGACAAGAUAUUCAAUACAGUGACCAAGUUGGAUGAGGACCUCAAGACCAAGACUGGAGAGUUCAACACUUUGAACUCUGCUCUUCAGGCUGAGGAGAAGAAGUUGAUGGGCAACCUCCAGGUUAAGACAUUGACAAACGUUGUAGCACCAGAGAUGAACGUUCAAACCGAAUACUUGACCACCGCCUUUAUCGUCGUUCCACUUAACAAUGAGAACGACUUCCUGACUCACUAUGAGUGCUUCGAUGAGAAGGUCGCCGAUGAGAACUUCAAAUACGUUCUCUUCAGAUCUGCCAAGAGGAUAGAGGCUGACAACGAGUAUGUCCUCUAUUCAGUAUGUGUAUUUAAACGAUUUUAUGAGAACUUCAAGCAGAGGUGCUCCGAGAGAAAGUGGUACUUGAGAGACUACAAAGCAGAGACUGACAACAAGCCAAGUCAAGAUAGAUCCAAGCUUACUGAGGAUCAGAGGAACUACAAGGCAUCGUUCAUGAGAUGGUGCCGUCUGAAUUUCCCAGAGUCGUUCAUGGCUUGGAUCCAUUUGAAGGUGUUGAGGAUAUUCGUCGAGUCUGUACUUCGCUUUGGCAUUCCAAUCAACUUCCAGGCGAUCCUGAUGAGACCCGUCAAGAAGGAGGACAAGAGACUCAGAGAUAUACUGUACAACGAAUUCAAGUAUCUGGGAGCACAGCACACCAGCUCCAAGGGAGAGGAGGAGAGCUCAGAGAAGUUUUAUCCAUACGUCUACAUCCCAAUCGACUGGGAGCUAUAA